AUGGAAAAAUCCGCCCCAGCCGCUGGCUCCUCCUACGGUGCUAACAAUGCCCAAUCACUCACCAACUCGGGACCUUUGUCCAUUGCCUGCUACUGUUUUGCGUCUAUCUUGAUGACCCUUACAAACAAGUACGUGCUUUCGAAGGACUUUAGCUUCAACUUUUUGCUUUUGGCUGUCCAGGGCAUGACGUGUACUGCUAUCAUUGCUACCUUGAAGGCAUUGAACAUCAUCACUUACCGUCCAUUCAACAAGGAGGAGGCUAAGAAGUGGUUGCCAAUUGUCUUCUUGCUUGUGGCCAUGAUUUACACCGGUUCCAAGGCCAUCAAGGGCUUGUCUAUCCCAGUGUACACCAUCUUUAAGAACUUGACCAUUAUCUUGAUUGCAUACGGUGAGGUCUUGUGGUUUGGCGGUAAGGUCACCACAAUGGUCUUGGGUUCUUUCCUUUUGAUGGUUCUUUCUUCCGUCUUGGCUUGUUACGGUGACACCUCUGCCCUGAGAAGCGCAGAGGAUGUCGCUUCCAUGUACCACGGCUACUUCUGGAUGUUUGCCAACUGUUUCGCCAGUGCCGCUUUCGUCUUGAUCAUGAGAAUUAGAAUUAAGUUGACCAACUUUAAGGAUUUCGACACUACCUACUACAACAACUUGUUGUCGAUUCCAAUCUUGCUCGUGGCUACCUUUGUCUUAGAGGACUGGUCUCCAGAGAACAUUGCCAAGAACUUCCCCCCAGAGACUAGAAACGCCACCAUUACAGCCAUGGUUCUCUCGGGUGCUUCUACUGUGGCCAUUUCAUACUGUUCAGCCUGGUGUGUGAGAGUCACUUCCUCCACCACCUACUCUAUGGUCGGCGCUUUGAAUAAGUUGCCAAUUGCAUUGUCCGGGUUGGUCUUUUUCGACGCCGCCGUCAACUUCUGGUCCGUCUCUUCCAUCUUUGUGGGUUUCGUGUCUGGUUUGGUCUAUGCCGUUGCCAAGCAGAAACAGCUGAAGGAUAGCGCCCAGCAAUUGCCUACCACUUCCAAAUAA